CAUUUGUCUUUGUCCUUUCUUCUUUGCUCAAGAAUGCAUAAAUUAGAUCUGAAAAUAGAUUUAUUGUUGUUAUUGUUGUCAUCAUUUACACGAUCAAAUGCAGCACCGACAGUAGAUCAGCCAACGUAUGAACCCGGCGUUCUUUAUCUACCUGAUAAAGCAAUCUCAUUAGGUAAUUCUGAACAGGACAAUGCGCAUAAGGUAUAUGUUGAUUUCUUUGCCUUGUAGAUGAUGGCUAUAGAUUGAGUGUUCAAGGUGUGUUUGCAGGCAUGGUGUUGAUCUCAUGCGGCAUAUUGCUUAUAUUUCGAAGUCUAUGGGAUAGAACACCUGCUGGUACACGCACUCAAGGAUUAACUGGCUUUAUUACGUUGGGAUUUGUUACUUGGGUCAUGUUGGCCAACUUUGAACCGAGCAAUACGUAUGGUGUGAAUCGACAGACGAUUUACUUUAUUGUGCCUUUUGUGGUAGGAUUGGUAACAACCUGCUUUAUGGCUGUCACUAUUCAGCUUUAUUUGGCAUUGCUGGGCGGAUUGGGUGGAUUAGCUUUUGGUUUAUGGAUCUUGGGCUGGAAAGAGAACCUGUCAGUUACAUCAAGUUAUGGUCGCGCCAUUUUAUUGACAGUUCUUGUGGUCGUAUUUAUGCUUUUAGCAUUGUAUUCUUGUGUAUGGCAUAAAUUGGGUGCUGCUCUAGCUGGCUCGUAUCUGUUCUUUAUGGGUCUGGAUAUCUUUUUCCAUACUGGAUUUCUGUAUUGUUUCACAACCGCCUUGGACGCUAAUCCAAACCAUGAGCAUAUAUAUCAAGUUUAUCGUAAUGUAUAUGUGAUGCAAGCAUGUCUUAUUGUUGCUUUCCUUGUAAGCUAUAUUAUUCAGAACUUUGGCCAUCGCCCUGAACAUAUUCGAUUACAGCACUCCAUAGUCAUGGGAACACUGCAAAAUCCACUUUAUAAACCACAGCCAAUCCCUGGCAAUUCCUUUAUACCAACAGCAAUGAUGCCUACUUGGAGAAAGCCUAAUUGGCCAUUCUUUAAUAGAAACGUCGCUGCCCCUCCUCCAGCAGCUGUAUAACACAAAAAAAAUAAAUUAAUAAACAUUUAUUUAAAAA